AUGACGUAUGAGCCAGAUGUAGAAGAUGGAGGUACCACAGGCGAGCGAACGCCAAUGUUGGGCAGCUCUGCAACGUUGCGCGGAAGUUCAUCUCAUCAGAGACGCUCGCGUGAGGCAUCAGGAGAUGAUACAUCAAAGCUCUGGUCGGUGAUGCGAUUCUUUGGCGGUGGCAUUUAUGCACCGGAUUCCUCGACAUAUGAUCCUCUUGAGAUAUUGCUGAAUACCGAAGAUGAGCAAGAGCGGGACGAUUUGACGGUCAAGUGGAGAGAUAACAAAUUGAGCGAGUUGAGCUUUGUGGGUGUUGUGUCUGCACUCUUGGCCGGUGUUCUCACUUCCACUGGAUCCUGGCCCAACAUACUUCCCAAUGGAAAAUCCUCCCCAUGGCCUGUCCGUACGUCCUGGUACUGCGGCAUCAUCCUCUCCCUAUUCAGCAUCCUCACCGCCGCCGACCAAACCGUCCGAUUGCACCGGCUCUCCUCGCACCGUGAUGGCCUGGACAAGAUUCGAAAGUUGCUGUCCAAGAGAAAUGGCGAGCGAGGUCAUUCGACCAAGACGGGACGUCGGGUGCCUAGUAUGCUGCAAAUCAUGACUUGGCAGAUGCCGGUCAUGUUCUUGACGACUGCGGCGAUCUGCAUGAUUGUCGGCAUGUUUUUGCAUGUCUGGAGUGCGACGACGCACUUGAAACAUCCAGAGAUUUGGGAUGAUAAUACCAAGGUUGCAAUCGUUUACAGUAUUGUUGCUGUGACUGCAGUUGGACUCUUUUUCAUGGGCCAGGUCACGCUCUACUCGCCAGCCAGGCGCUGA